GACUUCCAACGAUUACCGACCGACCGAGCAUUCCAUACCGGUACCGCCGCGCAAACACACGCCAUCUGGUAGCUACCAUCAUUACGAAACGCACUCCUGUCUUCAAACACACCUCUCUAUGGUAGAGCUUUAAAGUGGCCGCACUAUGAGGAGUUACCUAUCACCCCGGGGUGCGUCGACAAGCCAUUGUCUCGCGAGGAAAGCGAGGAAUGCGCCUUGCAUCGUAAUUAGCAAAGAGAGUUUUGGCGGCAAGUGAAUACAAAGUUUUCAUCAAUAUUGUCGUUGCCGGUUGAAAUUACUGACGCGACAGAAGGACUCGCGGACGAACGUGACCGAAGGAAAUUUGGCGCAAUUUUUUUUUUGUCACAAAUUGUGCAAACAAAUAUAUGUAUUGUUAUGCGCGGGCGCAACCAAAAAGUUUGUGAAAUUUUUGGCGAGAAUACAGAUUUGGAGGCGUGCUCAGGACACUCACGAUCGAUCAUUGCAUCCGGCGAUGAUCGCAGUGCAGGACGCAGUUCUCAGUGAUUGAUUGUGCGAAUUACUCGACGAAUUAUAUUGGUGUUUAGUGACAAACCAUUGCCUUCGAAGCUAACGACUUACGCGAUACACGAUGGAGUCGACGGUACCCGGCGUCCUGCUCAGCAUUGCACUGGCUCUCCUACCCAUAGUGUCUUCGAACCAGGACCACAUAGCCAAAGAAAACAUACCCCAUUCAAGGCAGAAGAGGAUACUCUGGAUAACAAACGAUGGACGGCUGGCAUUGCCACCGGGAACUACGAUGGCUAUCACGCCUUCUCUUUCAAUGCCAUUCGUACGUCAUCCUCCCAAAGGGUUUUUGUCUAACAUGACAGUCAGUUUUCCGUUUACAAUUGAUUUCGAUAAAUUGGGACUAACGGAUAAUGAGAACCCAUACGGAGACCUGCCGCCGAUCUUUGCCCGUUCUAUGGGCGGAGCUGCAGCAUCUGUAAUGGCCAAUUACAUCGGACAUUACCUUGACACACGACGAGGGAAGCGAUCGGCGAGAGAGGGUAUACCACCAGAAGUUGAAUCGGCUGUACUUGACAGAUUCCAUGGUGGAGAAAGAGCGUUAAUGUACGGUAUAGCAGAGGAUCUGUUGGCUAACUUUGGUCUCUCCGGUAAGGAGUGUCUCUUGCGUGCCAUAUGCGAGAUCCAUGCUCAUCCGCUUACCAAUUUUGGAUUUCUCGGCGAAGUGAUGAAGUUAUUCUUUAGCCCUAGCAAAUCGCCGUAUUCAAGUCUUUUAGAAGAGUACGUUGAAGCCCAACGAGCAGGCGAGAGCGGAGGCGAAUGUUGGCCAUACUAUCGACUCUGUCCUAAGAGCAUAUUCCAGCCCUCAUCGGCCAACAAAUAUUCGGAAAAUGCGGAGGAUAUACACAGGCGGAAUGAACAAGAAAACAUCGAUAAAAACAUCGUAGAAUUAAAGGCAAUGUAAUAUAAAAAAAAUAAAAGCGUAUCCCAAAUGUAGUGCUAGUUUCCAGCCAAAGUUGUUUGAAAAUUAAUCUAU